AGCAAGCUAAUUCAAGUUGCAAUUGCAUUGAGCCUCUUUUCUCCCAUUUGAGAAAGCUCAAACUGAAAGUAAAAUGGCUUUCAUAUGCACGAAUCUUUACUUUCGAUAACCAUUUUUGUUACAUUAUUCGCAUUUGGGUCAGGCAACCCAAAUUUCCAAAAGGGACCACAAAAUUGGAAAUUUGAGUUCAACUAUACCAACGAGCCAUUUAGACAUCCGAAACCUGUUCAGGGUUCUAGACGAAUCAUUGUUGGUGGAUCCGAUAACUGGCGUUUUGGUUUCAAUUACACCGAAUGGGCAAGGACAAAUGCUCCAUUCUUUCUCAAUGAUACUCUAGUGUUCAAAUUCGAUCCACCUAGUGAUACCAAUAUACAUCCACAUAGCGUUUAUUUGUUCCCAAGUCUAUGGAGCUUUUUGAGGUGCGACUUAAGAUGGGCAAAACGUGUGGCAAACACGUCACAAGGUGGAGGAGAAGGGUUUGAGUUUGUGCUCAACAACUGGAAGCCGUAUUACUUUGCUUGUGGAGAAAGCAACGGUUUUCACUGCCAAUCUGGAAUGAAAUUUUUUGUGAUGCCAACGUUCCGUUGGUAUUAAACAUCCUAAUGUUCGGUUUAAUUUAUUUCACCUUUUUGUAUUGGAUUUAACAUAUUCAAGAAUAAAAUAAUCGGAUUGCAUCGUAUACCUAGAGGGUUGUUU